AUGCCUCCUUGGACAAAUAUCUGGCUUUGUGCAGCUAUAGCUUUGUCUAUGUCUCUUCACUUCCUUAUUCUCUAUGUUGACAUUAUGGCAACAAUUUUCCAAAUAACUCCUCUCAAUUUUGUUGAAUGGAUGGCCGUAUUAAAAUUCUCUAUACCAGUUAUUUUGCUAGAUGAAAUUUUGAAAUUUGUAGCACGGCGAAUGGAAAUGCAUAGCGGUAAAAUGAUGAAAAAGAAGCUUUAAAAAAAUUUAAUUUUUUAAAGCUUUUGACAAACCCUAAAAUU